AUUUCACUGUAGUUAUGUAAUAAAUGCAACUCUUAAUAACAGACAUCUAUUAUUUAUAUGAAAGAGUUUUACUUAUUCAUUCACAAAAAAGUAUUAUCAAGUGAUUCAGCCACAACAAAAAAUAAAUAAUGAUAUAACAUGUUGAUAUCAAAUCUCUUUUAAAAUUCAGUGGCUAAACUGCAGCACCUAAAAAGAAAAUUCAAUCUUCAUUCCAUACGAAACAGCAUUGCAGUUUAAUGUUCACUGACGACUAACCGGUGAACCAACCGACUUUUGUUGUUUAAGUUGCAUGAAAGAGAUCAAUAAACGUGCGAAAUUAGGAAAUUACAUGUGAUAGCAAAUACUUUGUAUUGAAUGACGCAAUCGCGCGUAAUUGAGGCUGUGCUUUCUUCCAAUAUUAAACUGUAUACAAUUGCCAAUGAGACUGCUGUGUCAGUGGUCUUGACAAUAAAUCAUUAAACUAAUAAUUGUCAAUUUCUACUCAUCAUCACUUUUUUAAACAAAUUACAGGAUAGAAAUAAAUAUAUAUAUAGGAUUCAAAUUUGAAAGGAUGUCUUUUGAAAAAUUGUCCAGAAUUAAUUCGAUUGAUGAUACUGAUAAAAUUCGCAAAGCAUCACAUGAUUCGUCACAAGCCGAUAGCCGACGUCCAUCCAUUUAUAAUCAGUCAAGACGACAAAGUCGGUUUAGUUUUGCUUCGCACAGAUCACUGACUGGUGUACAUGGUUCACUAAUUGGAAUGCUACGUGGUGGAGUUAACAAAAAUGUUAAAUUUGAGAAUACUUAUAGACUGCAACCUAAACCAAAUGAACGAGUUAAACAUAAACGAUUACAAGAUUUAAUUCAAACUACUUUGGAUCAUACUUUAAAAGAUGUUGUUUAUGAACCGUCACAAGCACGGGUAUUAUCAUUGAAUUUAGCAAAUAUGUUAAGAAAAAAUGUACGUGAGCUAAAUACACCAUCAAGGUAUAAAUUCAUUGUACAAGUUUAUAUUGGUUCACCGGAACGUAACAGCAUAUUUAUUGGUAGUCAAUCUUUAUGGAAUACUGAUGUGGGUGAUACAUAUGCAUCAGCUAUAUUUGCAAAUUCAAAAAUAUUUGCUGUUGGUAUUAUACAUGCUGUAUAUUAUGAAUGAUUGUUAUCAUGAACAAUAAAUAGAAAAUAAAAUACUACUACUAAUAAUAAUAAAAUGAUUGUCGAUUGUUAUUUA